CAUUUGUCAAGUUUGUUUACGCGAAAAAGAAAACCGUCGCGUCGUGGAAUCGUUCGCGUAAAAAUUCCCGAUUUUUCGCGAUUUAUUCCGUAAAAACACGCGAAAUCUACCUGCAAAAAGUGUAAAUCAGUGAGGUGCUAAUCCAUCUUGGUAUUCCGCCAUGUCCGACGGAGAGCAAUCAUCGCGCAGCCGUCAGGAAAAACGCGAUCGCAGUGCUUCACGCGAUUCCGAUGGUAAACAGCAGGAGGAGCGCCGGAAGAAGUUAGGCAGAAGAGGAAGGGACUCGCGAUCCCGGUCCAGAUCGCGGUCGAGGUCCCGUUCCAGAAGUGUCGAACGACGACGCAGACGAGAUGACCGUCAGCGGAAGACUCGUUCCAGGUCCACUUCCAGGAGUCGAGGGCGUAGGGAUGAUGAUUCCCGCAGGAGAAGAAGAGAGCGCCGAGAUUCCAGUCGGGAAUCUGGGGAAAGAUCACGGAGUAAAAGUGCGGACCGGAAACCGGUUCAAGAGGAGAAGAAAGUUCCGGAGAAGCACGAACAGGAGGGCGAUGAAGCGUUGUUAAAGAACGAGAAACCAGCGAUUAGACGAACGGUGGAUUUGCUAACAUCCAAAACCGGAGGAGCUUACAUUCCUCCGGCCAAACUCCGGAUGAUGCAGGCCGAGAUAACGGACAAAACCUCAGCGGCCUAUCAGCGAAUCUCGUGGGAAGCGUUGAAGAAAUCGAUCCACGGUUACAUCAACAAGGUCAACGUGGACAACAUCGGAAUCAUUACGAGGGAAUUGCUCCACGAGAAUAUUGUCCGGGGAAGGGGUCUUCUCUGCCGGUCCAUUAUCCAGGCUCAGGCCGCGUCCCCGACAUUCACACACGUUUACGCAGCUCUGGUAGCGAUCAUUAAUUCCAAAUUCCCCAACAUUGGAGAGUUGCUGCUGAAAAGAUUGGUGAUCCAGUUCAAAAGGGGCUUCCGGAGGAACGACAAAAGCAUCUGUCUGUCCUCGUCGCGGUUCGUGGCACAUUUGGUCAACCAGCGGGUAGCGCACGAGAUCCUGGCUCUAGAGAUCCUCACGCUCCUCGUGGAGAACCCAACGGAUGAUUCGGUCGAGGUGGCCAUUGCCUUCCUGAAAGAAGUCGGCCAGAAGCUAACGGAAGUGUCCGGGAAGGGGAUCAAUGCGAUCUUCGAGAUGUUGAAGAACAUCCUGCACGAGGGCAAGCUGGACAAACGGGUCCAGUACAUGAUCGAGGUGGUGUUCCAGAUCCGGAAGGAUGGUUUUAAAGAUCACACGGCGGUCGUGGAAGCGCUGGAGCUGGUGGAGGAGGACGAUCAGUUUACGCACCUGAUCAUGCUGGACGAGGCCACCGACGCGCAGGAUAUUCUGAAUGUCUUCAAGGUGGACAACGAGUAUGAGGAGAACGAAUCAAAGUACAAAGCCAUCAGUAAGGAGAUUCUGGGCAGUGAUGCCAGCGAUGAUGAAGAUGGUGGCGGUUCAUCGAGCGGAAGUGGAAGUGGUAGCGAUUCGGAUGACGAAGACGCCAGUGGCAGCGGCGAGGAAGGUGACGAAAGCAAGCAGCAACUUAUAGUGGACAAUACGGAGACGAAUUUGAUUGCACUGCGCCGGACGAUUUACUUGACGAUUCAUUCAAGUUUGGAUUACGAGGAAUGUGCUCAUAAGCUCAUGAAAAUGGAACUGAAGCCGGGACAAGAGUCCGAGUUGUGUCAUAUGUUUUUGGACUGUUGCGCCGAGCAGAGGACUUACGAGAAGUUCUACGGACUUCUUGCGCAACGGUUCUGUAUGAUCAACAAGAUUUACAUCGAACCGUUUGAGCAGAUUUUCCAGGACACCUACACCACAACCCAUCGACUGGACACGAACCGCCUCCGUAACGUGAGCAAGUUCUUUGCCCAUCUUCUGUUCACCGACUCUAUCGGAUGGGACGUAAUGCGAUGCAUCCGGCUGAACGAAGAAGACACAACCAGCUCGAGUCGAAUUUUCAUCAAAAUCCUGUUCCAAGAGCUCGCCGAGUACAUGGGACUGUACAAGUUAAACGCCCGCUUCAAGGAUCCUACCCUGGCCGAGCCGUUUUCGGGACUGUUCCCACGGGAUAACCCCAAGAACACGCGAUUCGCGAUCAACUUCUUCACCUCGAUCGGUUUGGGGGGACUGACGGAUGAGUUGCGAGAUUUUCUGAAGAAUGCCCCCAAGCAGAUCGUUCAACCGGUUGUCGCUCCGGUCCCAGAGGAGGAAGCCGAUUCAUCCUCCAGUUCGUCCUCUUCGUCGUCAUCCUCCUCAUCAUCGUCUUCGUCCGAUUCCAGCUCGGACACUUCUAGUUCGUCCGAUUCCGACUCGGAGGAUGAUCGUCGGAAAAAGAAAGGUAAGAAGGAUAAACGUCCAACGAAGUCCAAAUCAUCCACCUCUAAGGAUAAGCAUUCUUCGAAGUACAAGGACGAGAGACGGGCUGAGAAUGGCAAUGGUUCCAGGUGGGAUUACGAAGCCAGUAGGCGGGAUCAAGAUCGAAGGGAGAAGGAUGAUCGUGAAUCAAAUCGUCGGGAGGAUCGACCUCGCGAAAGGAACUAUGACGACCGUGGCAGGAAGGAGUACAGAGAUCGGGAAGCGGAUCGUGGAAGGCGAGAUCGGGAUGACCGAAGGAGAGAUGAGGCCCAUUCCUCCAGUAGUCGCAGGAGACGCAGCGAGGAGAGAUGGUGAACAAAGUUUGCGUUUUAAAUUGUGUGACAAAAGAAAGAAAAAUAUCAUAAGGAGUUCUGAAAAA